GUACAUGGUUCUAUUAAGAUUACAAAUUUAUAAUUAUUAAAUCAUAUUUAUAUAAACAUAAAUUAACUACUGUAUUUUGUUGAAUAUAAAAUAUGUUUUUAUUUUAAUGAAUUAUAAAUAUUUUAGUGUUAGUUGGUAGAAUUACGUCUAAAACACAUAUAUAUAUUUUAGGAUAUGUAUUUCUAAUACUCUAAAAACAUCAAAUAUUCUAAUAAAAUAGAUGAAAGCUAAAUAUUUAAAUUUUAGUGAAUAUAUAAGAUCAUAUAAGUAAAUAUUUUUUAUAUUUUUUAAAAUAUAAAUAAAAAGGAAUUCUCUUUAAAUUGAUAAAUUUAUAAAUUAAAUAUUAUUAUUUUUUUGAAAAAGGCUAUAAAUUAAAUAUUAUUAUAAUCCAAUAAAUAAUUUUAGAGUUUAAGUGUAUUAGUUAUAUGGUCUGCUGGUGAGUUCACUUUUUAGGUGACUCAUGGCUUAUUAUGGAAAAUUAUUUUCCUCCCAAUUUCAUGCACUUGCAAUGUUUUCAGUCAAAAGUUUUUCUUUUAAUCUGUUUAUGCUACUUCAAUGUCUAUGCUAACCACUAAAACGAAAAUAAAAGUUAACCAAAAAUUUUUGGUUAAAGAAGAUCCAAUUGGUUCACCUUAGCAUCAAACUGAUGUCUUACUUUUCAGCUAAAAAUAUUAAAUAAUGUUAAUUUUAACUAGUAUUUUAUAUAAAUUAUACUAUAUUCGAUUGAAUUUAACAAAUCAAGUAAGUUUUAAGAACAUUAUAAAUAUUUCUGAUGAUCUAACAAAAUAAAAAUCCUACAAACAAAAUUCAUUGAAUUAUGUGUGUAAUCUAGAUUCUUUUUCUUCAAAAUCUUAAAGUGUAAAUAAAUAUAGAAUCAUGAUGAUACUUUGUCUAGUCUAAAUAUGUUAUAUUAAUAGUGAUUAUAUUUUGAAAAAUAUUAAUAAAAAUUACACAACCUAAAACAUAUUAAAAUGUAUGUAUAAAUUAUAGUUAUAAGAGAUUUCAGACUAUUAAUAAAAGUAAUUUAUUGUACUAACAUAUCUAGUUUAAAUCUUUUUAUAAAAAUAAUACAUUUUACAAACAAAUCGUAUUAUUUAAAAUUAAUUUAAAUGAAUAUAUAAUCUGAUUUUUAUUAGUAAUAAACUAUUAGUAAAUUUUAAAUUAUGAUGCUAUUCUAUCGAAUUUAAUGUCAAAUAACAUCUACUAGACUAUGUUCUGUUUUUUGCACAAUUGAUGUUCAGGUUAUAGUGAUAAUUAUCAUAAAAUUAAUAACUAUAUGAUUUACACUAAAAGAAUAUUUUUAAAAUGAUUUAAUUUGGUUUUGGAAAAUAAUAUUUCAUGUUUCUGUAGUUAAUUUAGUUUGUGAUAUAUAAAAUAAAAACCUCAAUCAUGUUUACAAAACUAAGAUAUUCAUAAUAUCAUUAAAACAAAUAAAAAUUUACUGGAUUCUUUUUUAACCAUUUUUAACAUUUUUCUUGGUGAUAAAAAAUACAGACAAAGAAGAUGAAAUUGUUUUUGCAUGAAAAUAUUUUAAUACUUAUCGUUUUGGUUUUUAUAAAGAAUACAUAUCCCUGUUCUUUUUUAUUACCUUUUCUAUCAUUUUUGGUUUUCUAAGGAGCCGGUUUGGUUUCAAUAGUUUGGCGGUAUAUUUUUAAUAUAACUGAACCGAGAUAUGGCGGUACAUUUUUAAUAUAACUGAACCGGGAUAUACGCUCCUCAUAAAAACCAAAUACGAUAGAAAACGUAAUAGGAAAUUUAUAUUCAUGCAUUGUGUCAUUUAGAUGAUACAAGUUUGACCAUAUAAUUUUUUUUUGCCAAAAUUGGAAUGACUAUGGGUAGCCGACAAAAAAAAAAGAUUAGUUUUUAUUAUAUAAAGACUUCAUCAUAUCCUUCAUAUGCAUCACAUCCAUUUUUCUUGUGUCGUCUUCUUUUCAGGCUAGCUUUCCCUCUCCGAAGAGAACAGUUUAUCCUUUACAUCUUUUAUACGCUGUUUCGGUAAAUAUUUUUCAUAAAUUUGAUAUUAGAUUUCGUUUUUGAUUUUUUUUUUUUACAACGAAAUGCUACUCUGUGAUCUCUUUGUUUUGUGUGUAUGUUUGUUGACAUCUCCGUAUAAAAAAAGAUGAGUGAUUAUGGUGAUGGAAACUUCAUGGACAUGGUGUCGUCGAAUUGGGCUCCACCUCCUAGUACUAGCCUAAGUGACAAUGGUCUAAAUCCAAUCAGCGACAUCUUCCUUCAAACUAAUCAGUUUAAACAAAGACCCGGUCUGGUCGACAGAGUAGCUGCAAGAAUAGGACGUAAUAUUCCACCGAUCAGGACAGACAACUUGAGUCCAUUUGCUGUAUCCAAGAACCCAAAAACUGUUCCUUUUGGCAUCGAAAUCUCUCCCGGAUUGAGCUCAUCCGUAAUGUUGCAGUCUCCUUCACAGGUAAGUAACAAUGUAUUUAUAUGUAUCUGAUUGUUUUAUAAUACGUGAUUUGUUAUCAUAUGAUAGAUAUUUGAAUAUUAAAAUACUUAGGAAUAAUUACGUAUGUUUCCAUAUUUUUUUAUUUUAUAUUCUCUCUGUCCCAAUAUAUAUAUAUAUAUGUUCCACAUUAUGCAAAUGUUUUUAUUUUCUUUUGUCUAUGGCUAUAAAUAUUUUGUAACAGAUUUUGCUAUUGAUUAUAAUGCUUAAUUUUAAUUAACAUUUUUAUUAAAAAGUAAAGCAUGUAUGAGUUUAUAACUCCCGCAUAUUUAAUCAAACAUAUUAUAAAAUGGGACAGAGGGAGUGGUUACUUUUCACGGCCAAUACGAACUCUAUGUAUGAAUCAUAAAAUUAUAUUUUCUUUAGAUCUUUAAUCAGAAGAAAAAUCUCAAUUCGAAACGCUAACUGUUAUUGUCUUUGGUACCUUCUCUUGCCAGCUUAUCAAUCCGUAUUCAUUCCCCAAUGACGAGCCUCCAGAGACGGUGGAAAAUUCUGGUGACGACCAUGCAAAGACGAUGAUAUUCAACAACGAUGUUCCUUAUCAGCCGAUGCACUUUGAUCUGCCUCCUCAAGAAGGCUCAAAUGUUAUUCCAGCUUUGAUCCCAUCUCAUGAAUCUCAUGUUGAUCCCAUUGGUGUUCCUUUAGUCGCUUCUUUUGAAUCUGAAGUAGCUGAUGACACGGAUACCAUCAAGCUCAUGUCCCUGGAUGAUGAGAGCGAGAGCCAGGACGAGGAAGAAUCCAACGAAGAUGAAGAUACAGAUGAUCCAUCCAAAUUGGGGAGAAAGAGACGGAUAGAUGAAGAGGAAGAUGAUGACAUUGCUGAUGAACACGAAGUCAAACCUUCAUCUCCAAAGAGAAGGAAAUAUGAUGAGGUAUCAAACAUGAUGACAGCCCUAAGAACAAGCAACGUCAUGCUUCGUAUGGAGACUGAAGAAGACCAACCUAACGAUGAUUAUCGCUGGAGAAAAUACGGUCAGAAAAUUGUCAAAGGAAAUCCAAAUCCGAGGAGUUACUACAAAUGCUCACACAAAGGGUGCAAUGUGAAGAAGCACGUGGAGAGAGCAGCAGACGAUUUGAGAAUGUUGUUAGUCACAUAUUAUGGGAAACACGGGCACGCUGCACCACUUACACGCAGUAGCAGCAGUUCUGGUCCAAAGAAUCUUUCCCGUUCAUCAGUGCCCGCUCGUUUAGGAAGGCCGCCUUUUUCUUCCUCCUCGGCUGCUCAAGACAUGAGGCCUUUCCCUUAUCCUUCUGCUUCGGCCCCUCGAGACAUGAGGCGUUUCGGUUAUCCUUCUGCUUUGGCCCCUCAAGCCAUGAGGCCCUUCCCUUCUUCGUUGAACCCAGGAGUUGAUAUGACUCAUCUCUAUAAGACUGGACUCCCGAAGCUGCCGAGAUUACCGGUUAACCAGAAUCAUGGGUUUAUGGGCCAGAAUGCUGAACCAUGGGUUAACCAGAAUCAUGAGUUUAUGGGUCAGAAUGCUGAACCAUGGGUUAACCAGAAUCAUGGGUUUAUGGGCCAGAAUGAUGAACCAUGGGUUAACCAGAAUCAUGGGUUUAUGGGCCAGAAUGAUGAACCAUGGGUUAACCAGAACCAUGGGUGUAUGGGCCAGAAUGAUGAAGCAUGGGUUAACCAGAACCAUGGGUUUAUGGGUCAGAAUGAUGAACCAUGGCUUAACCAAAACCAUGGGUUUAUGGGUCAGAAUGAUGAACCAUGGGUUAACCAGAACCAUGUGUUUAUGGGUCAGAAUGAUGAACCGAAGACUGAUCAUGUGAUACCGGAUGGUACAGAGGUCUACAAGGGGCUCAUGGAGCGUAUGUUGGCUAACUUGGGUGUUAAACGUUAGAUUGUUAACCUUUAACAAAUCAGAGAAAAAACUUUAUAUGUAGACCUUUCUUUUAAUCCUUUUUCAGCAUUGAUAAAACAAUAAUAUGCAAGAUAUGCAAAAACUUGUACUGAUCAGCUUAACUAUUAUUUGUAAUGCAUAUUACUCUUUGAGUUUAUCUAUUUAAUUUAUAAUCCAGAUAAACCAUAUGAAUCAAACAGUGGAUCCUUACUCUUUAAUUAAUCUCUAGACAUUGUUUGCAAAUUGAUUUCACUUGCACUCUCAUGGUUAAAUGUGAUGGUUAAAUGUGACAUGUACAAUUAUAUCUAAUGAUGAUUUAUAUUUUUGAUAAACUUUUAGAAUAUGGUAAUAAAUUAUAUAUCAUCAUUAAUGUAAAUUUAUUCAAAUUUGAUAUUAAAUAAUAUAAUAAUUGAAAUAUAAUCAUAUUUUACAAAUCUCAAAACGUCAUUUAGUUCUUUUUUUUUGUCAUCAACUUAAACAAACUCAAACAGACUCUAAAAACCAUGUUGGGGGCUCUACAUCCAUGUGAACGACAAAAGACGGAUGUCUAGCACUGCGUGCAAGACUAUCUGCCUUAAUAUUUUGCGUCUUUGGUACAUGAAUAAUUUAUGAGUUAAGAAAACUCUCAUUGAGGAUAUUGAUAUCUUCCAAAUAAUUAUUUUUUAUCUUCCAAAAUUCUAUUUUUAUAACUAUACAAUUUUAUUACAAAAACAUUAUUAAAAAUUAUAAUCAUAAUAUCAUUAGUUUUUUAUAUAUCUAGAUUUUUUUAGAAAUAUGGUUUAUUUGUUUUUUUAUAAUUAUACAAUUUUUAUAUCAACAAUAUUUUCCUUAAUUUUAUACAAAUUGAUUUAAUAUGUUUUAACUAAAAUAAAUAGAUAAAAAAUAUAUUCUAAGAUUAUAAAAUUUGAGAAAUUCCCUAUGAUAGUCAUUUUAAAGUUUUGUCACAAAAAUAUCAUUCAAUGAAAAAAAUCACCAAAAUAAGUUUUAUUAAAGAGUAAAA